UAAUCAUUUCUAUAUUGUACUGUAAUUUUACAUAAUCAUAGUAAAUUGUAAUUCAAUUCAAUUCAAUUCAAUUCAAUUGUCUAUAUAUAAUUCCAAUAUGUCAACUGAUAAAGCACCUAUUGAAACUUUGAAGUGGGCCGAAAAGGAUGGUUCCUUCAAGAGAAAACCAUCACAAUUUAGAGAUUGGAUUAGUUCUAAACCAGGAGCUAAAUUUCCUCCUGAAUUAAAUAGAUAUCAUUUAUAUGUUUCUUUAGCUUGUCCUUGGGCUCAUCGUACUUUAAUUACUAGAGUUUUAAAAGGUUUAACUAGUAUUAUUUCUAUUUCCAUUGUUCACUGGCAUUUAGAUGAUAAAGGUUGGAGAUUUAUUAAUGAUGAAGAAUUAAAAUCUCUUAGCAAUAAAAGUGAUAUUUCUUUAGGUACUGUGGAUCAUUUAUAUAAUUUUGAAAGAUUAAGACAAUUAUAUUUUAAAGCUGAACCAGAUUAUAGUGGAAGAUUUACUGUACCAGUAUUAUGGGAUAAAAAAUUAGAAACUAUUGUUAGUAAUGAAUCUAGUGAAAUUAUUAGAAUGUUAAAUACUGAAUUUAAUUCUUUAAUUCCUGAAGAAUUUGCAAAAAUCGAUAUAUAUCCUGAUUCAUUAAAGUCCGAAAUUGAUGGAUUAAAUGAUUGGAUAUAUGAUAAUGUUAAUAAUGGAGUUUAUAAGGCUGGUUUUGCAACCAAACAAGAACCUUAUGAUUUAGCAGUUAGUAAUGUUUUCGCCCAUUUAGAUAAACUUGAAGAUAUCUUUGAAAAGAAUCAUGCUAAGGGUGAACAAUUUUUAACUGGAAAUCAAUUAACUGAAGCAGAUAUUAGAUUAUUUACAACCAUUGUAAGAUUUGAUCCAGUAUAUCAUCAACAUUUUAAAUGUAAUAUUAAAAUGAUUAGACAUGAUUAUCCUAAUAUUAAUAAAUGGUUAUUACUCUUGUACUGGAAAAUUCCAGGUUUCCAAGAAACUACUGAUUUUGAUCAUAUAAAAUAUCACUACACUAAAUCUCAUACGCAGAUCAAUCCAUAUAGUAUUACUCCAAAGGGUCCUUUACCAAAUAUUUUACCAUUUUAGGUACUUUAUAUAAGUUUGAUUUAUGUAGUGUAACUUUAAUUUUUUAAAUACUAUACAUAAUUACUGGUUCUUUAUUUUUCCGAAGACUUUGCCUGUAUUUGCCGUGGAUCCUGGAAUGUUUGCGUUAUAUCGUCUAAAUUCUUGGUGCGACAAUCUCUAAUAGUCCAUUUACUCAUAUAUAGUAUUGAAGAUAGAUAGAUAUAUAAGGCUCAUGUUUAUUGGUCAUUAAAUUGAAGGCGUACUUAUAGUUUUAGUCAUAUCCGCCUCAAUCAAAGCAAUAGGUUGAUUCGUCUAUGAUAGAAGCUUCUUCUCUCCAUACGACACGUCUAACCUUUUUUUUUUUUUUGACAUUUUUUACUUUAACGACAGUCCACAAAAGAAAAAGCCAGAAUUCUAAAAAAUAAUUUUAUUAACUAAUUAAAAUAAACAAUAGGACAAUUUCGAGAAUUCUUUACCAGU